AUGGGCGACUGCCCCAACUCUACAAUGCCAUUCCCUUUUCAGGCCGUGGAGCUUAGCAAUGGCUGGGAGGUGAAGGCAACAGACACAGACGACUGGAUGCCCGUAGCCCGAGUCCCAACUAACAUCCAUCUGGAUCUGCUCCACAACAAGAAGUAAGCCUCUGAUGCCAUGGCUCCAUCCGUACGCUUACGUACUGUACUCUCCACAGGAUCGAGGACCCGUUCUUGGGCUUCAACGAGCUGAAAUGCGAAUGGGUCGCCGAGAAGUCAUGGACAUACCGCGUCGCUGUGCCGAGCACACACUCACAGGAACGGGGGAAAAAGCUUGUACUGGCCUUUGACGGGCUUGACACCUUCGCUACUGUCAAAUUGAAUGGCGAGGUCGUUCUCGAGAGCAACAACAUGUGGAUCAUGCACCGUGUCGACGUGACCGAUAAGCUCGACGCCCAGCAAGAAGCCGUACUGGAGAUCGACUUUGCCCCUGCUCUUUUGGAAGCCCGAAAGAUCAAAGAUUCCCACCCGGAGCACAAAUGGGUGGGUUUCAACGGAGACAUGGCGCGACUCGCCGUUAGGAAGGCACAGUAUCACUGGGGUUGGGACUGGGGUACUACUUCGCCUUGCAUUUCUGGCGCUGAGAUUGCUGACUACAAUGUGCUCAGGACCUGUGUUGAUGCCCUGCGGGCCCUGGCGAGCUGUCAGGCUAGAGACCUAUCAAGCCUACAUCGACGACCUACGAAUCGACUAUGAGGUCCACUCAAGCCUUCAAGAGCUUUCCGGUACGAUCACUGCGACAGUUGAAGGAGCCUCGGGAGGAUCGGUCGAGUUCUGCGCCUCUCUGAAUGGCAAGCAGGCAUUCAAAAGCAGUGCCGAAAUCGACAUCAACGGAUCCUCACGUAUCGAGUUCCACAUCAAUGAACCUCAUCUUUGGUACCCUCAUGGGUAUGGGGAACAGCCGCUUUACGAUGUCUCUGCUACCAUCAGAAGCGGCGACCAGGAAUUGCAUACCGUUUCGAAGCGGACAGGGUUCCGCAAGGGCGAGCUCAUCCAGGAUGCGGACGAGAUCGGCAAAACCUUCUAUUUUCGCUUCAAUGGUGUAGAUGUCUUCUGUGGUGGCUCUGAUUGGAUCCCAGCUGACAGCUUCACGCCCCGCAUCACCGCAGAUAAAUACAGGAAGUGGCUGCAGAUGAUGGUUGACGGUUACCAGAUUAUGAUUCGAAUAUGGGGAGGCGGAAUCUGGGAGGAGGAUGUCUUCUAUGAGAUCUGCGAUGAGCUGGGUAUAUUGGUUUGGCAGGACUUCAUGUUUGGCUGCGGCAACUAUCCUGCUUUUCCGGACAUGCUCAAGUCCAUCGAAGCAGAAGCGUGCUGUCAGACGAAGCGUCUUCGACAUCAUCCGUGCAUGGCAAUAUAUGCUGGAAACAACGAAGACUACCAGGUGCAAGAGCAGUUUGGACUGACAUAUGAUUACGAAGACAGAGACCCGCAAAAUUGGCUCAGAACAGACUUUCCGGCUCGCUACAUUUACGAAAAGGUAUUAAAUGACAUCGUGAUUGGCUCAGUCUUGGGCUAAAAUCACGCAGCUUCUACCGGAAGUUGUCGCGGCCCAUACUCCACAUGUUCCCUAUCACCCCGGUUCGCCCUGGGGCGACGGCAAAAUCACGUCCGACCGUACAGUGGGCGAUAUGCAUCAGUGGAAUGUCUGGCACGGCACCCAAGAAAAGUACCAGAUAUUCGACACUCUAGGAGGCCGCUUCAACAGUGAAUUCGGGAUGGAAGCAUUUCCACACAUCGACACAAUCAAGGAGUUUGUGACAGACUCCUCACAACUCUACUCUCAAAGCCACAUGAUCGAUUUCCAUAACAAAGCGGAUGGCCACGAGCGUAGGAUCGCUACCUACCUGAUGGAAAACUUUCGGAACGAGACGGAUCUAGAAAGAUACAUUCACCUCACUCAGUUAAGGUACGAUACCCAAGUGUAGAGCCCAGUCCAAGCGCCUGCUACUCGUCUCAGCUACGAGGUAGCUCUUCAACAACAUGUUUUACUGUACCAUGUCUCAGACAACAGCUGACCUUCUUGCAGCCAAGCAGAGGCUUUGAUGUUUGGAUACCGGGGUUGGAGGCAGCAGUGGGGCCAGGAACGAUUCUGCGGCGGCGCUCUCCUCUGGCAACUCAACGACUGCUGGCCUGUCACUUCUUGGUCUAUUGUUGACUACUUUUUGCGGAAGAAGCCUGCCUACUACGCGGUUCGUAGAGUGCUCGCCCCCGUCGCGGUAGCGGUAAAGCGAGAGCAUCACGACUGGAGUGUUGUGCAUGCACGCCCUGCUGAGACUCUCACUUACCAGUGCUGGGUCGCUAGUUUCAAGCAGCAAGAUAUCUUGGCUACAGUAGAGCUGAGACACAUCAGCAUUGCCACUGGCCAGGAGAUCAAGAAGACCUCCACCCACAAGAAUGUCAAAAUCACUGCAAACGGCACGACCGCAAUCUUGAAAGGCGUGAUUGACAACGUCACAGAAGAACCGCACGUUCUUGCGGCACGAGUCUGGAUCGAUGGAGAGCUGGUGUCUCGGGAUGUCGACUGGCCGCAACCUCUGAAAUACCUCGACUUCAGCGAUCGUCAGGUCGAGGUUCUGCCCGCUGGAAAUAGCAUCAUUGUCAGAGCCGCGAAACCAACGAAGGGCCUUGUGUUCGAAGAGCGCGAGGGUGUCCUGGUAAACGAUAGCGCCCUUGAUGUUGUUCCUGGUGAUGAGCAGGUGAUCACUGUAAGAGGUCUACGACCUCAGGAUAGAUCACUGAAGUGGACAUACCUGGGAGCGCCAUGA